GCUUCUCUUAUAUGGACUGGAAAGAGAUUCAAAUCGACACCAAAUUAAUGUGGAUGUACUGUUUGAUUCUUUGCAAUUAUUCAGAAUCUGUUGUCAGACUAUACUCCAGUUGUUUGGAAACUCGCCAUAGCUAGUGUGCGUGUGGAUAUAUACUAGAUGAAUUUCUUUUGAGGAAGGUGACAUCAAGUCCCUGGAAGUCCAGAACCAUCAAUGUCACAAUGACAUUAACGUGUACGUAUGCUAUAUUGCUAUCUCGGCGUGGAAAGAGGCUUUGUGUGCUCGUCUUCACUCGAAAAUAUCUGGAGAAGAGCCAAUUAAAACCAGCUAAAACUUGGCAUGUCCAGCACGGAACCAUGCAUGGACGACGUACAGACACUGUGCCAGCAAAUUAAGCCACGGCAAACCACCACAGAUCUUUCCUCUGCUACGCCUCCGCGGCACAUGGCCUCUCCUCCGAGCUCCCCUGGCCAACCGAGCGGGACGUGCAGUGAGGACGCCAUCCCCGUCGUCGACUUGGCCGUCCUCGUCAACGGCGACGCUGGGGAACGGUCGCAGGCGGUCCGGCACCUCGGCCGGGCGUGCCAAGACUGGCGCUUCUUCAUGGUGACCAACCAUGGGGUGCCCGAGGCUCUCCAGAGCGCGCUGAUGGAUGCGUGCAGUGAGCUGUUCAGCCUACCGCCAGAGCAGAAGCAGGAGCACAUGGACGCCGGCCCCAUGGACCCCGUGCGCGUCGGCACGGGCUUCAACUCCGCCGUCGACGGCGCCAGGUACUGGCGGGACUACGUGAAGAUGUUCGCGCACCCUGAGCUCCACUGCCCCGCCAAGCCCGACAGCCUGCGGGGCGUGGCCGCGGAGUACGCGGCGCGCACGAGGGGCCUGCUGCUGGAGCUCACGGCGGCCAUCUCCGAGAGCCUGGGGCUCCACGUCGGCCGCAUCGCUGAGCGCCUCGACCUGGGGUCCUGCUUCCAGAUCCUCAUCGGCAACCACUACCCGCCGUGCGCUGCUGACUCGGACGACGACGACGGGGCGAUCGGGCUGCCGGCUCACUCCGACCACGGCCUCCUCACCCUGCUCUUCCAGAACGGCGUCGAUGGCCUCCAGGUCAAGCACGACGGCCGGUGGCUCCUCGCCAAGCCCAUCCCCGGCUCAUUCUUCGUCAUCGCCGGCGAUCAGCUGGAGAUUGUGAGCAAUGGAAGGUACAAGGGCGUGCUCCACCGUGCACUGGUCGACCGCGCGCAGGCGAGGAUGUCGUGCGUGAGCCUCAUCGGGCCGUGCCUGGACGCCGUCAUCGAGCCAGUGCCGGAGCUGGCCGUGGCACCCCUGGGCCUGGAGUUCAGGGGGGUCAAGUACAGGGACUACAUGGAACACCAGCAGAGCAACAAGCUCAACGAGAAGGAAGCGCUGGACCUCGUUCGGGUUGCAGCGUCACAUACUUAUUCUUCUGGAAUUAACUCGGCAUGAUUCCUCGGGUUAAAAAUUUAGAAUCCUGAAGUUGACAAAAAAUCCAUGUCCAUAUUUAAUUUAUUUUAGAAACCGGCAAGAGCUCUGGUUUUUCAUUAAGAAGAAGAGACACGAGAGAUCAGAGCCCCGCGUCCCUCGGUACAUCCCCGCGUCGCUCGAGUGCGGGCGACACGGGCGGAUCGCCGUCGCCGCAAAAAAAAACAAAAAAAAAA